UAUGUUUUCCACUACAACCACUAAUCUUUUUCUUUGUCUCAAAAUUUUCUCUCUCACAACAACAAAGAAAAAAGAGAUUUUUUUUUUUUUUUUAAGACAAUGGAGGCAUUGAAGAUGAACAUUUUUGUGGCAGUUAUGGUUGCUAUGUUGGUGAUAGCAACAAGUGGUGUUUCAGCUGCUGAUGCACCAGCUCCAAGUCCAACUUCUGAUGCUACCACACUUUUUGUUCCAACUGCUUUUGCUUCUCUCAUAGCACUUGCAUUUGGUUUUCUCUUCUGAUCCUUUAAUUAUGUUGAGUAGUUUGAUUUGUGCAUAGGAUGUUGUGUUUUUCUUUUCACUUUGUUACUAUUUGUGAGGAAGUGAAAUUGAAGACAUGGGCUAUUUUGGUUUCGUUUGAAAUAUGAAUUAUUAUUACUUAGAAGUAAUUUAUUAUCAUUCAUAUAUUCAUAUGUAACACAUUCAUUUAUCAUUGUACUUUUUAUGGGUUGUGACUUGUGACAUGCAAUAAUAUUGUGAUUUGUUUGCUACCA